AUGGCGAACCGAAGUUUCUCAAUGGCAGAAUCCGAUUCACAAAAUCAGCAAUUUCUUUUUGACUAUCUAUGUCGUUCUCUUAGCGAAUGGCAGGGGCGUGCAAGCAGACUCGCACGAGAACGGGACGACGCGCAGUAUGCGGUCAGAAUGGAACAAGCAAAAUUAGCCGAGGCCAUGACUGGGUGGCGAAUGGCUCAACUUCGAUUGACCGAGGAGGUGAAUCUCCGAGAAACAGGCAAUCGCCUUGUAAGCGUACAGAGAACGCUCAUCGACAGGCUGGAGAGUGAAUUGAAGGACUUGAACGAAAUGGACGGUUCGGACGUAGCACUGCCUGCAGAUCCACAGAAUUUACUUCCUUUGCUGCCAGCCUCCCAAGAACUACUCUCGGGCGAAGAACACCCGGUCUUAGGAGAUGGAUCUACUAAGCCAACCAAAAGAAAGAGAGGGCUGGGCUUGGAAGGACCAUCGAAACAGAAUCGAUUUGAAGAAACGUACUCUAUCGAGGGAGCCAACCAAUCAACUGGUUGA